UGUCUGUCUGUCUGUCUGUCUGUUGAGGUUCUGACUCUUCCUCUAGAAUUCAAUUCCUUCUCGGAUUUUGCAGCUUUUCAAAAAUCCUUUUUUACCCUUCUAUUAUCAAGCCUAGCGACAAAAGGCUGAGAUCCAGUCAUGACUGAGAACCGAGUCGCAGAAGUCCGCAGAGGGAGCGGGGCUGGUAAUGGCCAACUGAAGGCAAAGAAAGUCCGCACGCCGAAGAGUUGUGAUCGUUGCAAGAGCAGGAAGACCAAAUGUAUUGACCCAGUCCCCGGGCCAUGUCGGUACUGCGCACACAUCGGAGCAGAAUGUGGAGUUGCACAGCGCCCAAGACAGAGGCCGUUUUACCAUGUCUCGGAAGAAGAAUAUCGCUGUUCCAUGCAAAUCCUACGACACUUUCUCCCUCGAGACGACCUCAAUCUAGAGACCUUGAGAUCGAUAGCGAAGGAAUUGAAUAUUGGAAACAGUCCUGCUCAAGACUCUACCAAAAGUAAUAGCGUAAAAGACUCAAGUGAGCAGGCGGAUGGUUCGGUUAGCAAUGAGUCGAUUUCAGACACGGAAGAGAUUGGAGAUCUGCAUCACCAAUUAGGAUGCUUAAUGAAGGAUUCUCUAGGAGAGUAUCGAUAUCUCGGAGCAUAUUCAGACAUAGCUUUCAACGCAGCAGUCUGCUCGAUAGCCGAAGCACCAAGCCCGGAACAAGAAGAAUCCAAAAUAAUUGUCCCUCCGAAAGAUUCAUAUCCACCUCAAAAGCCCUCGAGAGUCAAGCUCCUUAGAGAACCCGCAUCACCAAGCCAUCCGUACCUUCCACCGCGUCAAUACUGCGACUACUACGUAGCUCGAUAUUUCGAAGAGGUGCAUUGCAUAUACUGGCUGUAUCCAGUUGAGCAAUUCCAUGCACGGCUGGACGAUACUUAUAUGCAAGGUGGUGGAGCAGCUACAAGCUCGUGGCUUUGCUCAUUGUAUGCAAUAUUCGCGCUUGGUUCUGCUUCGGGAGAGAACUCAAGGAGUACAUUGUACGCUGAUUUAGUGUCUGAGGAGGCGAGGUUGAAUCCAGAUCCCAAGAAUUCGGACGAUUACCUAGCUUUGGCCAAGACGCUCAUACCUGCUGUACAUGAUGAAGCGGAUAUUGACAGUAUUCGGGCUCUUGCCAUUUUGAGUCUUGCACUACUCACAUUCAAGUUCAGAAUCACUUCUUACCUCUACAUGGGAACCAGCAUGCAGAUAGCUUUUUCACUGGGCCUUCAGCAUGAUCAAUCACCGACAAAUCAGAGUCCAAUGUCCAGACAGCAAAAUAGACGGAUAUGGUGGACAUUGUACAUUCUAGAUCAAGAAAUCGCGUCGCGAUGCGGAAGUCCUUGCGUAAGCGACGAGAGAAGCGUGAGAAUACAGACACCCCUACCCUCUGAACAGCUCCUCAACCCGGGCACCAAUACACCUCUCGGAGCCCUUUCCGUCUCCACUUCGCUCUGUCGUCUCAAGCGAGAGAUAAUACAGACGAUCUACCCUGAACGCUCAUCCGACUCCCGGACAAUUUCUUUCCAGAAAGUCACCAGCUAUGUCUCCUCACUUCAGAAAUGGCAAGCCAGCAUGCCCUCACACCUCAAAUGGGGCGUACCCGUAGCUCCAACCCAUCGUCGUUCCAUCGGUAUCCUACAUUUGAAUUACUGGAAUGCUAUGAUGCUCCUCACUCAACCAUUCCUUCUAUAUUCUGUGAUUCGAGGUGCAAGUCUGAACGAUGUACGGAAAGCAUGGUUCGAGAAACUCGGCGAGAUAUGUGUCGAUGCAGCAAAGAAUGCUAUUGUUGUGCUAAAGAGCAUGGAGAAUGAUGGGAGCUUGUCGAGUCUGGUAACUUUCGAUUGUACAUGUACAUUGAAAGUGCUCAUGAUUUUGUGUCUCGCACUAGCGAAACGCGAGUCUACUGAACUGCGAGCCGAGUAUGAGUUCUGCUUGGGGUUGAUUGACAGGAUGGAGCAGAUUGGAUUCUGCAAGAGCGUCAAUGAGGAGUUGCCAUCACAUCUGGCAAGGCUGGGAAUCAAGAAAGAGAGAAGAGAGUCGGGUGCUAGUAUGGAGGUUAGCCCAAAUGCUGUUUCGCAAAUGUGGUCUGGCUUCGACCCGAAUCACAACUACAUCAGCACCACAGGUAAUCUACAGGGUAUGGAAGAUGUUGGCGAUGCUUUCUUGAUGGACAUGGAUCUGUUCAUGGAUAUGGACAUGCAUGGAGCGGGGGAUCUGUUCCAGCCGAAUUUGGAGUUCUUCAAUGGAAGUUUCCAGGCAUUUGAUACUUUAUAAACAUGA